CCAAAUUCGAACCCCAAGCAGAAUCUCCCCUAAAAGAACGAUAACAACUGAACCCCCCACAAAAUCCGACGAUUAAUCGAGGAAUUGAAGAUGAUCUUAAGGUAUGGGCAGUGCUAUGUACUGUACAAUCUCGGAAUUCGGUGGUAAUGGGGUUUAUCAGAAACUAAGGUCGGGAGGGCUGUUUUUUAAUUGUUUUACAUGGGAGAGACGAGAGAGUGUUUCUUGAUGUGGUGUGCUGUCAAGAUUGUACACUUGGAACACAUAUUUGAAGUGUGUAUGGAGGAUUCCAAGUAGAGACAAAAGAGUUGAAAGGACAGGGGGCAUGUGAAAAUAUACUGAGUUUUUUUGAAAGAAAAAAGAAGAAGAAUUGGAAGAGCACUCACGGAAUUAUUAUAGAGACUUUUACAAUUAGAUUGCCCAAGCAGCAAGGCGAAAAGUAAAGAAAUGCGCGUGUAAUUUGGGGUAUUUCUUAAUACGAAGUCAUGCUACAUCCAUCGCAAUAAACCGAGUUAUAAAUGAAGAAUUUAUGAGUAUGAAAAAUGUCUGCGUCUUUCCAGGACAAAGGUUAUAAGAGACCAAAUGCUUUUCUGGAUAACUCAUGUAGGCAGGAACCUGAGUGUGGCGGCCAGUGGAUAUCAAAUGUUUAUGGGACAGAGUCAUUUCCAUGCAAAAAACAGGCUGUUGAUGUUCCAAUUACCACGCCUGAAUCACGGAUCAUCAUGUCUAAUGCAUUCCCUCAGGAAAAUUCUUCUGGAUUUCAAUCAGUGCCAAAUGAAGACAUGGAUCAGUUAUUUGGAUGUGGGAUCGUUCUUGAGACAGAUGGUUCGGAUGUGAAGAAAAGAGUUUCUGAUGAACAGUUUGAGAAGGAUUCAUCUGUCAGUUUAUCAGUUUCUGAUGCUAUGAAAGAUUCGGAUAGAGGAGUAAGCUUUGUCCGAAUUGGAAAGGUUGAGGUUAAUCAAGUUAAGGAGUCGGAAAACAGAUUGCAUUCAUGUGGGGAUCAUAAACUAGGUGUAUCCAUGGAUCAGGCAUACACCAGGGGAAGUGAAAAGACCAUCACAUUGAUGGGACGAUCCUGUGGUAAGGAAGGUGGAAGCACGUUGGUGAGACAUUCCUAUGACAAUGGAGUCGCCGAUAUUAGAUCGAUGGAUUUGGUCUCUAGGAAAGGCAUUAACAAUUCUAUUUCAAUGACUAACUCCUAUAAUAAACGGCGCUCAAGUUUUAUACCUUGUGGCAGUUAUCAAGAUGUAAUGGAGGCUCUGGCAAGGCCAGUUAGUAGCUAUUCGUUACUGUAUGAACAACCUUCAGUUCGAAGAUUUGAAAUGCCUAGCAAAAAGGAGGUAGAUGUGCCAAUUGGCAAUGCUGUUGUGAGCACAUCCCCCGUGCCCAAAUCCAGACUGGAAUCUACAUAUAGAAGUAAGUCAGAGAAAAAACCUGCCAGGAAAGAAGCGCCACACUGUUUUCUGACUAACGUCAAGAGUUUAUUGAACACUGGUAUGCUUGAUGGGGUGUCGGUUCGAUACAUUUCUGGAUCACGGGAGGAGCUUCAUGGAACUAUAAAGGGCUCUGGCUAUCUCUGUGGGUGUCAAUCUUGUAACUAUUCUGAGGUACUUAAUGCUUAUGAGUUUGAGCGCCAUGCCGGUUGCAAGACAAGCCACCCCAACAACCACAUACAUUUGGAGAAUGGGAAGACCAUCCACCAGAUAGUUCAGGAGUUAAAAACCACUCCACAAAUUAUGUUAAUUGAUGCCAUUCAGACUCUGACAGGCUCUGUUAUAAAUCAAAAAGAUUCCUCUGCUUGGAAAGAAUCAUUCAAAGCAGUCGCUCACAAGCAUCAGAGUAUUUAUGCAAAGGAAGAGCUAAAUUUAUGCGACUGAAACUGAGAAAUAUAACCAAUGUGAUUGGGAUAUCAUCUUUCACGUGCAUAUAUAUGGAUAGUACUGCGCUCCUUUGUAAAUUAGAUUUUGAUAGUUAGGACUGCCAUCUUGAAGAUAUGAUUUGUCGGUGCAUCGCCAUGCUGCAAUCCGCAUACUCUGGACACGUCAGUAACUUUCUUUUCGGCACUUCUUUUCAAAAUUUUGGCUAGAAUAUGAACAUGGUUUAGAGAUAGUUGGGCUUCGAGUUUAGUUUUCUUUCAAUGCAAGUAGAGAAGAUGGGUCAUAAGCCCUGAAAUUUCUUUGUUAGCAAUUAU